AUGCUUUCUGAGUUGGAAUGUGAUACAGGAAAGACACCUUAUUCCAAAUUUAAAAGUUACAUUGUGAAGAAGAUCAGGUCUCAAAUGCAUGUUGUAAGCAGCCCUAUCACCACAAGGUGGCAGCAGGACCAAACAAAUGAUGGAAGCUUUGUUGCACAAUUACCUCUGGAUUUGUCAUCUGAAAGCAGUGAGGAUUCACAGCCAACAAUACAGAAACUCAGCAACGUGGUCACAGCGCAAGGAAUGGAGCUGAUUGUACAACCACAUUAUGUUACUGGGGCAGGAAUGGAGCUGAUUGUACAACCACAUUAUGUUACUGGGACAAAAAUAGAGCUGAUUGUACAACAACAUUAUGUUACUGGGACAGGAAUGGAGCUGAUUGUACAACCACAUUAUGUUACUGGGGCAGGAAUGGAGCUGAUUGUGCAACCACAUUAUGUUACUGGGGCAGGAAUGGAGCUGAUUGUACAACCACAUUAUGUUACUGGGGCAGGAAUGGAGCUGAUUGUACAAUCACAUUAUGUUACUGGGACAGGAAUGGAGCUGAUUGUACAACCACAUUAUGUUACUGGGACAGGAAUGGAGCUGAAUAAUGGACAAAGUGGCUUACGCCUUGAUGGUGUUGCACUUUUAGAACUAACAAAUAUUGCUAAAAGUAAACAUAUUAAUGAUAGUCACUCUUAUUCAUAUCAUUUUGACAAGGAUUUCUUAACUAUCUCUGACUAUGUUGUAGAUCAGCGUGAAUGUCAGAAGACUUCAUUCAAGCCAUAUAUCUCAUCUGAUAAUAUCAGCUGUGGCAUACAUCUGCAACUAGAGAAAAAAAUUCAUAUUCAUGGUUUGAAAGACGAUUACUAUCUUAACAUUUUGGACUGGAAUUAUCAAAAUCUGCUGGCCAUAGGCUUAGGUUCUACUGCUGCAGUUUGGAAUGCUAACAGUCACAUGCUGGCUGCAAGUAUUGACAUGAAUUCAGAUUCAAAAUUUGUAUCUGCAGUUGCUUGGAUCAAGGACAGAAACUGUCUUUCUAUUGGGACACGUGAUGGAGAAAUACAGUUAAAGAAGAUAUGGGACAUCGAAUAUAAGAAGAGACUUAGAAACAUGUUAGGUCAUAUGUCGAUAAUUGGUGCACUCUCUUGGAAUAAUUACAUUCUCAGCAGUGGAUCAAUGCUGGGGCAUAUUCAUCACCAUGAUGUCCGGAUUGCUAAACACCAAGUUGGGACCAUAAACCAGAAAAGCAGUAUCUGUGCUCUAAAAUGGUCAUCAGAUGGAAGAUGCAUAGCAGCAGGCUCCAGCAAUGGCCUACUGAAUCUGUGGCUAAAUGACCCAGGGUUAACAAUGCACUGCAAACCUCUCUGUACAAUGGCACAUCCCACAGCUGUGAAGGCAAUGAACUGGUGUCCAUGGCAGACAAACAUUCUAGUAACUGGUGGUGGUAUGAGAGAUGGACAUUUGCGCAUAUGGGACACAAGUACUGGGGAAUGCACAAGAUCUGCAAACACAAAUUCACAGGUUUGUUCCCUUGAAUGGAUGCCAGAAACAAAAUGCAUAUUAACUGGACAUGGUCUGGCUAUAAACCAGUUAAGCAUAUGGAAAUAUCCAUCACUUAUGAGAGCAACUGAUGUGUAUGGUAAGAAUUUUCAAAUAAUGUGCAUUAUUAAGGCAAUGAAAGUGAAAAGAAGACCUCUUGCUGGAGUGGUUAAGUAG